CAGAGGAUUUAGCAGCUUCAGAGCAGAGACGGUUCCAAUGUUGUUUUAAUUAUUAGAAAUCAAUUUAAAAGUUUUACCGUGAAAUAUUUCACAAAUUACCAAUAAAAAAUGGAUGAUAUAGAUUUAUACGAAGACCUGGAUGAAUUCCAAGAACAACAUGAACAGAAAUCCAAAGAAUUAAAAGAAGCCGAGGCAAAAUACCAAGAAGCUUUGCAAACCAUACACCAGCUGGAGGAGGAGAACAAGAGUUUAACAAAGAAAUUACAUCGCAUAGAAUUAAGUUUUCAAAGUCUAUUAGACACGGCACGCACUGAGAUUAGGCGCAAGGAUGCAGAAAUUGAAAGACUGCGAAAAGAGAAAGACGACAUCUGUUUUAGAAGAAGAGUGCCUACACAUUCAAAGAAUGUGGAACAAAAUCAAAGAAGUUCAGCGUCUGAACGAAGAGAUGAACAGCGUUUGCCAAAAUGUGAUGCAGAAAAGCAUCCUGCAAGAAAUGAAACUUCCGAGGAUAUUCAAGGAAAUCCUAUCAAAAGACGCCUUGAUUCCAGUCCAACAAUUCCCAGUGACAAGAGACGUAAUACAAACGAUGAAUAUCAUCGUAAUACAGGGAAGAUUUCUGCACAAGAUGCUAGCUAUAGUUCUAGAUGUAAGGAUAAAAAAGCUGAAGUAAGUCCAGUUCGCCAAAGUUAUAAAGAAAAAUAUUGGGAACGACGCGAUGAACGGGAUAGAAGAUCACAUCACUCGCCAUCAACGAAAAGGAGAAAUGAAUGCCGCAAAAGAAGUCCAGAUCACAGGGAUCAUCAGCGUUCGCAUCACAGAGAUAGGGAAUCGAAAAAUAAAUCUGAUUAUGAGCGAGAAAAUGAAUACAAACGUUCCCACUCACAUCGCAGUGAUUCCAGAAAGACAGAAAACCACGUCACAGCAGAUGGAGACUCCAACAGAUCGACAGAACAUUUGCAUUCUUCAAAAGUCAAAGAGAUGAAGAAUUUAGGAUCCAGAACCCCACCAACAUUAGAAUCCAACAACCGAAUCCCCAGCGAUAAUCAAAGUAGCAUAAAUGAAUCAGACAAUAAACCGAAAAAAGACUUUCGAAAAGAAGAGGAAAAAAGCAAAUGUUUCGUGGCGAAAAAUAAUGAAAUAAAUCCCGAAGAAGGACCUCCCAAGGACAAUGUAGCAGGGUCUUCUAACAGGUGUAGAAAUGAUCAACAGUCUUGCAAAAAUACGGUCCACACUUCUUCAAAGGAAAAUUUGUGUGAUGCGAUUUUCCAACGUUUGGAUGCAGAUUCCAAGAGAAUGGAUACAUUAAAAUUGCACCACGACAAGUUGGAUUUAUAUGAGGUUCUUUAUGAAGAUUUGACUAAAGAUUCUGAAGAAAGUAAAAUGCCAACAAAUCACCAAACCGCGACAAAUUUGUAUGAUACUCUAUACGAAGAUUUGACUGAAGACCCCAAAGAAAUUUCUAAUAAAACAUCAAAUGACCAAACCGGAACAGAUGUAUGUGACAUGCUUUAUGAUGAUUUGGAUACGAAACCCAGGGAGGAGGCCAAUGAAAAUAUGAAAACCCAAACAAAGGACAAUGUUUGUGAUGUCCUCUACGAUUAUUUGGAUGAAGAGUCCAAAGGAAAAAGGGAACAACCAAAAUCAUCCACUGACCAGAUUUCAGGCAAAGAAAACGGCAAACCAAGCUCCAAUGAAGAUGUAUGUGUUAUCCUGCACCCUGCUUUGAUUCAAGAAUCCCAGAAAAACGUUAACAUUACCCGGCCAUCUAACACGCCGCGCAAAGAUGUUCUAUUCAAUGCACUCUUUGGCCCAUCGCCAAGUACAACAGAGAGUAGCAGUGGUGGAACUCCCAAAAAUAUUAUCAACAGAAAUCUUGAAAUGGGAUCUAAAACCACAUCACCAAGUGAAUAUAGUGACAUAGAUUCUGGUCCAAAUAGUAAAAAUAAUCAGCCUACAAGUUUUAAUAAAAUGGAAUUGGAAAAAUGUUUUGUACCGAAUGAUGCGAAAUUAACAAAGAAUGUUAUUGAUUUAACCGAGCAAGAAGAAGAAGAAGGAGAUAUCUGUGAUAACGAAAAGGGGGUAGAUUUUAAAGGAUAUACAGCAGAUAAGCAAACCGGAAAUUCAAACGAAAAUCGGAAUGCUCAAAACAACACUAACAUACAAAUACCUGGCCUGGAUUUACUUAUGGUUAGUCUAACAAAAGAUAUUCUGAAGACAUCCAAGAGAAUAGAUGAGAUAACUGCUGCCACCAAAACCCAGGAAGUUUCUAUGACGCGGGACUCUUCUUUGGUAUACAAAGCAAAAGACCUUCAAAACACUCAAUGUAUCAAUGAAAAAGUUUGUCCUACUACAGACACGAAUCAAAUGUCUUCCUUGACUGAAAAUCAAAACGGAAAGGCUGUCACUCGGGAAAGUUCCUGUAGAAUGACUGCAGGUUCGAACAGUGGAAAUUCGAUCGAAUCCAAACAAUCUGAAAUUUACACAAUAAAUAAAGAAGUUGAAGGUCCAAUGAAGCCCUCAGAAAUAACAAACCUAAACGAUAAUGUUGAUGAGCCUUUGAACUGUCCUAAAAUUGCAAAACCUUCCGAAACGUCUGUUUUAUUUACAAAUCCCAAUGAAAGCAGUCUCAAAGAAGAUGACAUACCUAAUGCAGUCGUUGAUGUGGCUGAAAGCUCCACUAAAAGUGCAGGUCAUAACAACGCUGAUUCUUCACCAAAAAUGGAGUUCUCUUCUAAAGAAACUGGAAAAAUUCAUCUUCAAAAGAGCCAGCUGCAUGUAGAGCAUAUAUCGGAUCCCGUAAAUACAGCCGAAGAGGUAUUUCACGUUAAUGAAUCUGAAAUGAAAAAGAGUUCUAAAAAUGUUUCCAAAGAUGUCAAUUUAAAAGAAGCUUCUAUUACCGCGAAUUUAUUACCUUCCAAGUCUGCGGCGGCAGUUCAAAAUGUUGAAGAUACGAGUGUAACGAAAUCAGAAUUGAAAUUUCCACCAAAGUCUUUGGAGGCGGUGUUGAGAACAGAUUCAGUUACAUCUUCCAAGGCAUCUGAUGAAUUAGACUUGCCUCCAAAGUCCUCGUCCUCGGAAUUAGGGGAAAAAUCUGAUUUAUUUUCUUUGUCUGAGACCAAAGCCAAAUCAGAUCCCCCCAAAUUAGAAACGCCAACCAAAACUCCUACUUCUAAAACAUUAAAUAUCUCUGCCUUGUCUCCCGAGGCUUUGUCGACUUGCGAAAAAUCCGAUUUCACGAAUUUAGAUUCUCCCUUAAAAUUGUCUAAGGAAUUGGAAAACAUGUGUUUUAAGCCGAUAACCUGUAUUAAAUCAGCAAAAGUUUCUCCAAAGUUAGAUUGCCGAACAACCGCAGCUUUAAAUACCUCUAAAAAACCGGCAGUAGAUUCCAAUUACUCGAAUUCUGAAGAACCGAAAUCGAUUCAAGCGCAACGAGAUUCUCCGCAACUAAAUUGUACAUCAAUCACACCCAUAAAACUAUCCAAAGCAUGUGAAUCAUCCCCAAGGGUUAUGCAAACGUUGUUAUAUUGUGAUGAAUCCUUGCCGGCAGACUCCACUUCCAAUACGCCUUUAAUAGCAGCAAAAGAAUUGGAUACUAGCAGCACAUCUUCCAAACAAAAUUCUUCGGGUUGUUCUUCACUCGAUUUAACCUGGUCGGAUGGCACACCGGAAAAGAACAAAACAAUAGAGACUGAAAGCUGUUCUUCUAAAGAAUUUAAGCAGGAGGGAGAUCCUACAAAUCUUAUACCCCAAAAAGCAGAAGUAAUUAAAGAAAAAUCUGUCCCAAAACUGCAAGAAGACCGCAAGCCUAUUGAGACAACUUUGGAGAAUCAAGAGAUUUCCAAUUCAAAAGGGGAUUCAAAUCUUGGAAGCUCCCCCGAAUUGAAGACAGCUACAAAAGAGUCUGAAGAUCUUGAAACAUCUUUGAUUAUUAUUGACGAUCAUCAAGAUGAUCAAGACGUUUUAAACUCAAAAAGCCAUUUGAAGCCAGAAAGUCCCACCAAACUGCAUAAAGAUACAGUAGAACCUGAAGAUUCCGAUGCUUCUCUGAUUAUUGUUGAUGAUCAGGAGUUGUGUGACUCAAAGAGAGAUUUGAAUCAAGGAAGUCCCAACAAAUCAAUAAAUGAAAAAAGAGAGCCUGAAGAAGAUUCAGUUGUUCAUAAUUUUUUUGCUGUGGCUACAAAUAAUUCCGAAAUUUUUGAAUUGGAAGAAGAAAACAUGGGAGAAGAGUUGGAAGUAUCAAAUCCAGUUAUAUCAGAAGGAGGUGUAGAUGAAGAUAGGGACUUGGAACCGAGAGUGGAUAACAAUUUAAAACUGGAUCGAAACGUAUCCACUCAAAACUCCAACACCUUUGAAAAUAAUCCAAAAGAAGCCAAUAACAAUUGCCUUGAAACAUAUUCCAAAAUUCCAGCUAUGUGUCAACAGUCUGCCAUGUGUCCAGGGCAGGAGAAAGAUGAAUUAGGGCAAAAAAAGGAAAUGCCUGAAAGUGAAUGUGGUCAGGAGGAAAAUUUGGCAACAAAAACUUCUUCAGAAUCAGUUGGUGAAGCCAGUGCUGUAAGAGAUAAAACGACUAAAGAAAAUAAUGGUAGAGCCUCAGAACAAACAAAAGCUCCUCUGGUAGAAGAUGAACAGCCCAGCCUCAUUUCUGAAGAUCAAAAAAGACAUUCGAUAUUAACGAAAGAUAUUGGAAAUUCUUCAACUGAAAAAUUUAAGACAAAUAUUUCUUUGAAAAAUUUAAACACUGUCGAACAUUUUGAAGAAUCUGAAAAGGAUAAAGAAUUAAAAAUGCACGAAGCAAAAGUUUUAGCUUCCUCCGAAGAAAAACACAAAGAUUCGAUGGUUGAACAAAGUGAAAAAUGUAUCGAAAACCCCAGUGAAGAAGAGGACAAAGAUUCGAUGGGUGGACAAAGUGAAAAGGCAGUCGAAAAAGCCACUGAAGAAAAGGAAAAUUUGGUCAUGGAAUCUCCCAUGAAGAAUAAAACUCCUUUGAAGUUCUCAAAGGAAACCAAUUUGGAUUAUAUGGAGAUGGCGAAUGUUGCUUCAGCUCCACUUGAAAUUGCUGAAAAUUCUGCUAAAGGAAACAAUGGUCUCGAAGCUAAGUCUAAGGAUGAAAUUGAAAAUUUAGCAAAUUUCAGCAAUGAAGCCAAGGAAGUAAAUGUAGGAAGUUCUGACCAAGGUAAAUUUUCUUUGCAACCUCAGCUUAAUUUGAGGUUCACGAAAGAAACCAAUUUGGCAGACCACGAUAAAACCGAAAAUCACCAAGAAAAUUCAGAUCUAACAUCUAAACUGGCAAAUGGCACGACUGAAACAACAGGCAAGGAAUUUGAAAAUACCUCAAGCUUACUUUCAAAGGAUACAAGUGUGGGUCACGCCAGUAUGCCAAGCCUUACUAAACAAAAGACUGAUUUUAAGGUGCCUAUUCCGCAAAAUGUUGAAAGUAAUCUAAAUAAUAAAACCCCCUCCGCCAAGUCAGAAUUAGAAAUUGUAAAAUUCCAAUCCCCCUCUAAAACAAAGCUGUCUCCAAUCAUUAACAAUACCUCAAGUGAUUGUACAACUACCCUGAAAUCGCUGAGUUUAAAUGACUGUUACAAUGUUCCCAUUGUGUUGCCUUCCAUAUCCACCUCAUGUCCUACCCCUUCAAAUUUUAGUGGGAUUUUCUCUAAGAAUAUACACAAAAGUUCCAGUGAAAAUCUUUUGGAAAAUUCGAACAUUUCUACGGCCAAGUCUAAAGAAUUUAUUUUGCCAGCCACCAGUGUCCUUUGUACGGUAGAUACUUUAAAAGAUGCCACAAAAACCACUACCACCACUGCGACAACAACAAUGAAUUUGUUAAAUAAAAAAUUGCAUUGGGAAUUGUUGGAGGUGAACAAAGACACCAUUGAAAUUGAAGAUGAUUCGGAUGCUGAUAGUUCUGAUGAGGAUAAGAAAUUGAAAAUAAUGGAAGAAGAAGAUCAAAAAGAUGAAAUUCAAAAUAUGACCAAAGAGAAUGCAGCUGAAGAAGAGAAGUCUCCUAAGGGGGGACUUACAUGUCUAAAGAAUGAUAGCAUUCCCCCUGCCUUGGAGACCCUUGAAGUAAAAGAACUUUUGACAAAAGACUCGAAACUUAAAUUCUCUGAUAAAAUCAAGGGUUCCCGUACCCAAGAGAGGCAAAAAACCAAGCCCCUAACUGUCUCCCCCAUACGUGUACGAAGUGCUGAAAAACUUAUGGAUAAGGCCAUACUCCGAUUGGCAAUGAUUAAAAAGAAAAAGCUCCCCUUGUGCCUCUCCUACAAAUCGAAAUGCCAUCGAAUUGCAAAGAAGAAACCGAAAUUAAUUGCCGGCAAUUCAAAGCAAAGAAAAGGCAAGGCAAAAAAUGGUAAAUCCAAAAUGGCGGAUACGGAUGAUUCGCGUAGCACCUUGGGAGAGAUUCUAUCGAGCAGUAUGCAAGAGAAAUUGGUUUUGGAAACAGUGCCAAAAAGGGAUAAUUUAAGGAGGGGUAGGUGUUUAGAUGAAAACAUGCGUUCGGUGAAGGGAUUGGAAACAGCUUCUUUCAAUGAAAAGGUUCCAUUUGAUUUGAGAGGUAAAGGGGAAGGCCAUAUAGCAGCUGAGAAGACGAUAAAGGCAAUUGAUGUAUCGGAAUGUCAUGCAGCUUCCUUGAACAAAAAUGCUUUAUCAGUGUUGAGGGAUAAUGGCGAAGGAGCAAUUGAUGACUUGAAAAAGGCGAUUGAUGACCGGGAAUAUCACUCACCUCCCUCGAAUAAAAAGGCUUUUUCUGAAUUAUUGAGAGGUAAUGAGGAAGCCAUAAUUACCGCUGAUGAGCCCCCAAGGCCGUUUGGUGAUGUCCCAGAAUGCCAUGCUCCUUCCCCGAAGAAAAGGGAUUCAUCUGAUUUGAGAGGUAAUAGAGAAGGCAACACAGCAUCUGCUCAACAAUACCAAAACUCAUUCCGGAACAACAGGAAUUCAACAGAGUUAAGAGGCAAUGGGGAAAGCUACAUUGAUACUCGAGAAUGCCGUACAUCUUGCCUUAGUAACAAGGAUUCAACAGAGUUGAGGGCUAAGAGGGGAGACAGCACAGCAGCUGAUGAAACCAUAAAGUCAAAUGAUGAAAAUCCAAAAUUUAAAACAAUUCCAACUAAGACAAUAUCCCUUGGGGCUAAAAAGGAAAAUGAGCAAACGAGGACCACGAAAUCAGAUAACUCAGAUGAAAAUACCUCCCCAAUUCGAUAUCAAAAUAUUUUGGUGGUUUCCCAAACUCCCACUUCGCCAAUGCCAAAUACAUCUGGAACAAUGAAAACUCCUUCAAAUAUCCCUGGUGAAAUAUCGGAAAAUAUUGACAACUUUAUGAUGCAAACUUCCUGUGCAAACCCAGAUAUUUCCAAAGCCCCUGAACAGUUGGAGGAGAUACCAAAAGCUGUGAUGGAGGAAGUAAUUCGGAAAACCCCACAAUCAGGAAAACUAAUGCCAAAAAUCGCAUCUAAAACAAAUGAUAGUGUAAUUCCCGGUAUUCCCGAGACUUCCUCUAAAAUCUCUGACAUGAAAAUAAUCCUGGAAAAGGCAAAAAACUCAUCUCCACUUGGACUGAAAAAGGAAACGGCUCCAAUGACAUCAAAAUCAAAUUUGAAUACAAAAACAUCCCCAAAAUCUCUUCAUAAUUCUGCAAUUUGUUCUCCAGAGAAAAAAGCAUCAAAUCCCAUAGUUUCUAUUGCCAAAAGUUCUCAAACUUUGGCCGAUAGGAAUGCGGCCAGAUCAUUUAUUAUGAGCUACAAAAUACCCAAACUUAAAAAGCCCACAAAAAAUGGAACUCAGAAAAACGCAGCUGAAUCCCCUGGCUCGGACAAGGCGCAUAAAAUGCAAAAUUAUUUGGCAACAUUACAAAAUAUUUUAAACAAUGAUGUGGUACCACAAACCUGGAAUGUGAUUUGUGCAAACAAUGCGAAUUUGUGUUCAAUGGAAUCUCGUAGAAAUUCGGAGAAUCCCUCGCCCCAAACAUCAAUGGAAAAUCGAUUUUCCAAUAGAGGUGAUUUAACGAUAAGAAAAUCAAGAAGAAAGUCCAUGUAUGCCGAUGUUGCAGAUUCUGGGUCUAUUUUAAAACCCAACCAUGAUGUAGUCAGUAAAGUCAGUGACCCAGGUCCUUUGGAGAAUCAAGCCGAGAAGCCUGCGAAAACCAUAAAAUCAAGAAGAAAAUCAAGAGUUAUUGAGAUUUUCGAUGGUCAAAAUCCGGAAACCUCUAACUCAUCAUACAGCAGCAUUUCGCUGAUUUGCCAAACUGAGGAGGCUUUAAAGGAGAAGACCAAAUCUAGUUGUCAAACAAAUUCCAUUAUAAAACCCAAAAACCCAAGACGAAAAUCAAUGUGUGCUGCUGAAUUGUGUGAUUCAAGUUCCGGCAAAGAUGAAUAUCAGGAAAUUCCGACAAAUUCUUUGGCAACUCAAUAUGUUGAGAAGACCAAGGAAGUUGUUGGCACUAAAGAAAGGCAAGGUAAAGAGGAUAUUGGUAUUAAAUCUGAAAAGAAAUCUCUAGUGACAAGGCGAAAAUCUAUGUUUGCUGAGGGCAAUGAAUCAAUAUCUUCCAUCUCAGAAAGUGCGACGAAUUAUGAAGAUACCACGGGAAGUCAAUAUGAUGAAAACCCCUUACAAAUCAUUGGGAACAAAUCAUCGGAAGGUAGCGAAGGGAAUGGCAUUGAAUCUGUAAAGACAUCGUUGAUAGCUCGGCAAAAAUCCAUGUUUGCUGAGGCCAAUGAAUCAACAUCUUUCAUUUCCGAAAGUACGAAAUAUAAUGAUGAGGCAACAGCACUGGAAUCACAAAGACGAAAUCUAGACUCCACAGACAAUAAUCUGCGCUCCAAGAAACCAUUAAAACUAAGACGAAAAUCUAUGGUUUUUGAGGUAAACAAUUCAGAAAAUUCUACUUCUACUUCUUUGGAUGUCCAUAAUGAGGGAAUUCAGAACGAUGGUGAAAAUGAGAUAUCAAUGAGAUUGACAGAGCACAAUAAAACCCAAAAUUCCGUGGAUAAAAAACCUUUGAAAUCCAGACGAAAAUCAAUGUUUGUAGACAGGGAAGAUUUGAAAUCUCCCCCAGGACAGCAGCUUGAAAAAGAAACAAAUAAAUCUUUUGUCGAAAAUAUGGAAAAUAUGGAAAGAGGCAAGAGUGACAACCUGGAGAACAAACCUUUGAGUGAGGAUAAAGCCUACCCUAAAAGUCAGACUCUAAAAGAGAAACCCCUUGCUGUUGAGAGCACGGCCCAAGGUCAAAGUACCAUUGAAACUGCUGUUGAAACUAAAAGUGAAAAGAAACCCUUAAAAGCAAGACGUAGGUCAUUAUAUACGGAAAUUCUGAGAGAGGAGGAGGAGAGUGAAAACUUGGAUUCAAAACAAAGUGGGAAAUCUUUGAUUAAAACGGAAGGAAAGGAUAAGGAGGGACCACAGAAUUUGGCAAAUGAUAAACUUAAGUCGAAACCUCUAAAAUCAAGGCGCAAAUCUAUGUAUGCCGAGGUGGGUGAUUUGAUGGCAGAGGAAAGAACAUGUAAACCUCAAAAUAAUGAAUUGGAUGAUACAACAUCACAGGGAAAAAAAUACAAACCGGAAGCAGCUGAUAUCUUAAAAAGCUCUGACGCAAAGGGCAAACGAAGAAAAUCGAUAUACGUAGAGGAAUCUAUAACAAAGGAAGACGCUGCUUCCAAUAACCUUGAAAUAGAUGCUGCUUCAUCACAAGCGACACUUGACAAACCAGAAGCUGCUGAUAUCUUAAAAACCUCUGAGGCAAAGGGCAAACGAAGAAAGUCGAUAUACGUAGAGGAAUCUAUAACGAAAGAGGAUAUUGAUUCCAAUAACCUUAAAAUAGAUGCUGCAUCAUCACAAUCGACACUUGACAAACCAGAAGCUGCUGAGAUUUUAAAAUCCUCCAAUGCAAAGGGCAAACGAAGAAAGUCGAUGUACGUAGAGGAACCCAUAACGAAAGAGGGUAUAGAUUCCAAUAACCUUAAAAUAGAUGUUGCAUCAUCACAAGGGACACUUGACAAGCCGACAGCUGCUGAAAUCUUAAAGUCCUCCAAUGCAAAGGGCAAACGUAGGAAAUCAAUGUACGUAGAGGAACCCAUAGCAAAAGGGGACACUGAUUCCAAUAACCUUGAAAAGGACAAAAAGAAAAUCACGAAAAGCCGUAGAAAAUCCAUGGUUGUUGAGAGACACGAAGUGAUGGACAAUAAUGGGCCUUUCACGUGGGACCAUAAUCAAGGUAUAGAGGAAAGUCUUUCUGAAAUAACCACUAAUGCCAUGGACAAUACAAAUUUCAUGCCAAGGGAUAGCCAAAGGCUAAAUGUUGACAUGAAGGAUACGCAAAAAAUGACAGCCAAAACCACAAAGAAAAGAAGAAAAUCAAUGGCUACUUUUAUGGGAGAAAAUCUUGGAGAAAAUUCUAAAAAUACCAGCUAUGAUGUUUUGCUACCAAAUCCCUCCGAAGCCCAUGAAGAAAUAACAGACAGAAAAUCCACUUUAAGGCCACGCAGCAAGUCUAUGUAUGUUGAAACUCCCACGGAGGCUGAACUCUCGGAUAAAACUGCAGGAGACAUGCCCGGUGAUUGUAUUAACUUCAACCCGAAACAUUUCAAUUCUCAGCGUCGUAUUUUAGACUCCAGCAGCGAUGAGGCUGACACCAUUGUCCACACACUGCCCCUUAAGCCGGUAAUACAAAAUGUCGAAAUAAUAACCCCCCCACCACCAGCCAAGAAAAAAUGUUUGGCACGCAAACGACGUGUUGUUAAAGUUCUUAGCUCCUCCUAUCAAGCGGAUGCCAUGGAAACACCAUCUUCCAAAGAUCAACAAGAUUUCUCAGCUACAGAAUCGUAUGGAAUUGUAACUGAGAAAUCUUGUCUAUCCAUGUUGAAUACCCAUCCCAUUUUCAAUACUCAGGUCCAUGAUGAUGAGGCAGAGGGAAAUUUAAAUUUAAAUAAUAUGACACCAUCAUUGUUACAUGAUGAUCGUUUUAAGGAAAUCGAUUCAACCAUGCAGGACAUGUUUAAUUCGCCGCAACAUGAGCCACCAAUUGGCGAAGAUCAGCUAUUAAAUGAGACCAGCUCAAAUUUAAACGUUGACGAGACGACAAAUUCGAAUAAAGAAAAUACAACAAAUUUCCAGGAUGACACAACAUCGACGACGACCACGACCAUGACCAUGACGUCAACAACAACAACAUCCACUUCCAUUUCAACCCAUAAUACCAGUGACAGCACCAAACAUGUCACAUUGGGUACUUCGGAAUAUCGUUUCGAAAAGGUAUCCGAUAAUGUUGUAAAUUUAUUUAUAUCGCGCAAACGCAAACGAAAACAAAAAUAACAAGAAUUCAAAUGAAUUUUUUCAAAUUGACAACAUUUGUUUUCAAUACUUUCUAUUUUAAAGAAUGAAAAAAAAAAAAAAAGUAUUUUUUAUUUUAAGUUUAUUGAAAUAAGUUCGAAUCUGUAUAUAAGUUAAUACAAACAAUGUUAUUGUUGUUACUUUCGAAUAAGUUGUUUUUUCUAUCCAUUCGUUUGAUGUUUUUUUUUUUAAGUAACCUAGAAAUAUACAAACCGAAAUAAAUUUUGAAAUAUGUAAUUAUAAAAAAUGUUAAGAUUUGUAAUAAUUAAACGAUUCUCAAACAAACAAAAUUUAUAUUGGAUGGAACAUAAAAAGAGGCAUAAAAGAGUAGAUCAAUGAAGACGUCUUCUAAGGGACAAAAUCAGUAUUGAAAACCAGUAAUAUAGUAUCAGUCGGUUUUGCCGACAGAUUUCUUUGGAUGACCAUAAUGAAGGAACUCAGAACCGGAAAUCAGUGUUUGUGGAUAUGGAAGAUUUGAAAUCUUCCCAAAAGCAGCAGCUUGAAAAAGAAAGAAAUAACCAGUUUGUGGACAAUCAAUGUAAAAAUAAUUUGGAAAAUGUGGAAAAAGGCAAGAGUGACUCUAUGGAGAACAAACCUUUGGGUGAGGACAAAGCCUACUCUAAAAGUCAGAUUCUAAAAGAAAAACCCAUUGCUGUUGAUGAGAGCAGGGCCAAAGUACCAUGGAAACUGCUGAUGAAAAUAAAUUUGAAAAGAAACCCUUAAACGCAAGACGUAGAUCACUAUAUACCGAAAUUCUGAGAGAGGAGGAAGAGGAUGAAAACUUGGAUUCUAAACAAAGCGGGAAAUCUUUGAUGAAAACACAAGAAAAGGAUAAGGAGGGACCAGCCUUUAAUUAUGAUUAUGUCCCCAGCCUUGAGUUAUGAUUAUUCACACUGUUGACUGUUUAUGGGGAAGGUUCAGAAUCAGUUGGCCUAUAUUGCCCAAUUCGUAUCUGACCUAAGACUUUUAUAAACAUUACAACAUGCCAGAUUUGGACUACUUCCUAUACUUUUUAUGAGAUAUGUGCAAGUUUUUGGAAAAUUUGCACAAUAUGAGUGAGGUAACAGAUAUAGCGGAGCGAAGUAUUUCAUUUUCAUACUUCAUGUAAUACAGAUAAAAAUAUUGGUUUUUCAAAAUUUGAAGAAAAUCGCAUUCAUAUUCAAUUUUAUGCGAAAUCAUAAAUUUCGAUAAAUUAUAUCAGAUUUCUGGUUAAGAGAAAUAUUCAGAUAUAGCAAGUAGUAAAGAAUCACCGACUUGUUUCUCACAUAAGGUAUCAGAAGGAGUGUUGGUGGAAUUAUUUAGAUGUGCCAAGUCUGAAUGGAAUCAAAUGUUAAUUUCGCGUUUUAUGAGCUUCUUGGAUAUUCAAAAUUUUGACCCUUUGUGGGAAGGGUACCAGAAGGAGUGGACCGAUAUCUCCGAUCUACACACCAGACCUUGGGCUAAUAAAAAUAUUAUGAUGUGUGUAAUUUGAAGAGAAUCGAAUACUUAUUUCUGCUUUUAUGAUCGUUUUAGUUAUUCA